AUGGAAGCCCAGACGUCUGUACAGACGCGUGAUGCCGACGUGGAGACCCGGCAGUACUCUGCGUCCUUGUACGUUUCUAUUGGGUUAGCGAAGGCCAACUCUUCUUUCGCCAUUCCUGUUCUCAUCCUGAUCAACAACAGCAAAUACCCGUUUGAAGAGCUGGUCGCCCAGCUCAUGUCCCGUAUGAAGCCGGCGUCCGCGGACAUCGUCCGCUGCGUGUUUGCGUACCAGGACUUGGACAUGUUCUUCGGGGUCGCCACAGCCCUCUUCUUGUACAACGCGCUUCCCGCCACCCUGAUCUCAACCACCGGCGCAGCCACAGUUGCCAUCCUGUACGGAGCAGAGCUCAUCGAGGGCAUGAACUGGUCAUGGCGGGACUAUCACACCUACGAGUACCCUCGGAGCUAUUGGGCUCUGGUAGUGGGGUUUGUUCUCUACAUCCUCACUAUGGUCUUCUGGCGGCCAAAUCAGUCUGUGUUUGUCGACAGGCUGUGCAUAAGCCAAGACGAUGCCCGGCAGAAGGUCCUCGGACUGUUUAGCAUGGGUGCCUUUCUCAAGUUCUCAGAUUCGAUCCUCGUGCUUUGGGACGAGACUUACAUGCGGUGGUGUGUGUUCGAACUCAGCGGCUUUCUUCACAGCCGUCAAGGAGCUCAGCCCAAGAUGCUGAUUCUGCCUACAGUGCUGGGGCCCUGCUGCAUGCUGCUGACCCUGAGCCUGUUCGCCGUCACCGCCGCAGUUGGGGCCAUUCCUGACGGAAACAACGCUCUCCUCUGGACGACUCAGGCCUUGGUCCUCUUCAUUGGCAUGUAUGUUGUGAUGGCUGCAAUUCGGGACUACUUCCGCUCCAUAGCCACGCUGGAGCAGGACCUGCGCAACUUCACCAUCGACAAGGAGAUAUGCUAUGCAUUGCUAUGCGACAGGGAUGUCUUGCUGAGGACCAUCGCCCUGUGGUAUGGCACAGUGGAGGCAUUCGAGCGUCGCGUCCAAACAGAAGUUCGAAGCUGUCUCAUGCAGCAGCUGUCAAAGGACUUUUUCAGCUACUGGCAGUGCAUUGCUUCCCUGAUUCCCAUUGCUUUGGCAUUCAUCGACACCACAUCUGCUGAGUGGAGACUCGACGCAUCUCGCAAUCUUGUUUUUGAAGGUGUUGCAUGGUGGCUGGGCAUCGCGCCUUCCAUUCUCUUGCUGUCCAUGCGUGUGGCUCACGUCUUGCGUGCGAAACGGAGAUGCGACUGGCUGCAGAACGUCCUCGUCCUCGUGUGCAUAGUGGCCCUGUUUGUCACUGCUGUGCAGCUGGAACGAUACUGCUUCCUCGUGCUGGACAUACUCCCCAAGGAACAUCGGCACUUGUCAUACGGCAUGGCGCUCCAAGCGCUGGUUUGGAUUCCCAUCGCUGCCCUUCUCUUCCGCUGCCUUGGCGUGCACCCUCGCUACAACUGCAGCCAGAAGCCUCAGACGGCUGGGCUGCAGGAGACUUCGCCAGGGCACCUGACGACUGAGGAGUGCAGCACUGAGGAAGACCUGCCCGAAGCAGAGCCUCCUUCUCCCACAGACACGAUUGUCGUCCUGUAG